UGGGGAACUUCGGACUGGCGGGGCUUUGAUUGCCCCUCGAUUGGGCUUGGCCUCCCCCGCUAACCUUAGCCGUCCAGUGCCUUUUCGUUCGAAUGCCGUCUUCACAUCCCAGAUCCCACGCGAGGACCGAGUAAAAGCGGCCAUUGGCCUGUCUGGGCUGAUAUAACGCCAUCUGCGCCCUUUUUUUUUCUUUCUUGGAAAUUCGGAUGUCAGUGCUUCGACACCUUCUCCCGCGACCUGCACGCUCAACUUCCCUAUUCGUGACCGCACCACUACUGCAGCCUCGCGCCUUGGUCCAGAUCCCCCCACGCCCACAAGAGCACCACCACCACCUCGAUCUCCUGGCAAGGCCUAGCUCCACGGCGACAAUGGCUACCACCGACGCCACUCUGCGGACUUUCUUCCAGUCCCCCAAGUUCGCCGUUGUCGGCGCGAGCACCAACCCGGACAAGUUCGGGUACAAGGUCUUCAAGUGGUACGUCACGCGCAACCUCGACGUCACACCCGUCAACCCGGGAGCCACGGCGAUCAAGAUCGGCGACGAGGAGCUGCCCACAGUGGGCUCGCUGUCCGACAUCGCCGACCCCGCAGAUACGUCCGUGUCCUUCAUCACGCCCCCCCCCGUCACCCUCAAGACGCUCAAGCUAGCCAAGGAGCUCGGCUUCCCCGCCGUCUUCCUGCAGCCGGGCACGUUCGACGACGAGGUCCUCGAGUUUGCGCGCGACAACUUCGAGGCUGCCGUUGCCGGCGACGGCGGCUGGGGCUCCGAGGGCUGGUGUGUGCUGGUAGAUGGCGACAGGGGGCUGAAGGCGGUCGGGAAGCUGUGAGGCAGACGCCCUGGCCUUCCUGUUCGCUCAUGGCAGAGCACGUUGGCGGGUGAUCGUGGCGUGGUGGGGUUUCUGCUGGUUUUAGCUCGGGCCGGCUUUUACGGUUCUCCGUAGCUCUACUGUGAAUUUUAAAGAGACAACCAUUAUACGUUGUAGAUCAAGUCUGACUAGCUGACACUAUGAUGUGCUACCGUUCCGGUGACCAUAUCUAAACAGAACGAGGCCAUGGUACGGAAUUUGCGAUUUAUUUGUAGUGUUGCUCUAAUCUGUAGCUGUGAGGUUUAGUCGUUUCGUACUAUAUUACUACAUAGGCACCUAUGUUUCCGGAUACGGAAAUUCAGUUCACACAUGACUAUAUCAAAC